AUGUCGUCCUGGCAGCUCCUCGACCCGGAGGAGGAGAACGAGAUCCACAAGUCGCGCCUCUUCAGCGUUGAAGAGCGGCCCUUCAAGCGUAUCACCAAGCGGCUCUCCACCAUCAAUGGCCUCGCCAACUCCAAGAUCCGACAGACGGUCACACCUCCGCCCGACGCCACAAACGCCAGCAACGGCGAGGACGGCAGCGCCUCCGAGGCAGUCGACUUUGCGCAGCUCAAGGAGGACAUCACGUUUGACUUUGCAGCCUUCGACUACACGAUCGGCCGGCUGCAAUUCCUCCAGACCGCCAAUGCCCAGCAGCGCGACAAGUACGCCGUCGAGCGGGGCACCAUCCUCGACACCUGCGCCAAGGUCAAGGACAACACGGCGCAGCUGAGGGUGCAGCUCGCCGCCGCACAGGCCACGCGGGCGCAGAGGCUACAGUGGGACGCGCUGGCACGCAAGAUCAACGACAACAAGGCGCUGCAGGAGCGGCCCAAGGCGACGGCGGCGCUGGAGAAGCUGGAGGAGGAGUGCAGGCAGCUCGAGGCGGAGAGCGAGCAGUACGCCGUCACGUGGAGGGAGAGGAGGGAACAGUUCAGCAGGAUCAUGGACGAGAGCAUGAGGCUGCGCCGACUGAUCCGCGAUGAGAAGGAGGAGGUCGAGCGGCGGGAGGGCAUGGACGAGGACGGGAGCGGCGAGGGCGAGGGCGCGGCGGAUGGGCACACACCACGGCCUGGUAGCGCAAGUGGGAAUGCGACGCCGCGACCCGACGGGACCGGGGUGGCGUCCGCCGUGCCGAAGGGUCUCGGGGAUAGUGGGGAUGCGACCCCGCGGCCGAUGUCUGUGGGUGGACGGACACCGAUGCGGGACAGCCCGGCCCCGAGCACUGCGGACGGGCUCAAGCCGAGACCUGAGAUUUCGGGGAACUUGUCACAGUCUGGCAGCCGGUCGGGGAGCCGGGAGCCAUCACCUUCCAGGAGCGCCGAGCCCGACCCGCGCCAGCCUGAGGGUGAGGAUGUCGAGAUGGGCGAGACGCCACGCGAGGACCUGGCUUCCACGCCGCAGAUUACCGUCGACGGCCAGAAUGUUGAGGACAAGAUGGAUACGUCGUCGUGA